AUGACAGCCGCAGGGAGCCAGUAUGUCCUCCAAGCAGGAUUGACAUCCGGUAUGUCAGCCACGGAGGGGCUGAUGCACUCGCCUCAUCCGAAGCCUGUUGAUCCCAAGAUGGCUGAAGAGUUCCAUGUGUUGCCGACUGAUAUCGUUCCGGACUCCCAGGCCCGAGUUGCACUGCGAGGAAAAGUACAAGACGUUCUGGUUCCAUACAUGUGCAUCGGGGCCUGGUCUUGGGGUGAUAAAGCCACCUGGAAAUACAACGCGGAAGAGGAUCUUCCCAAGAUUCGCGCUGCGUGGACGAAGCUGCGACAGGCAGGGUUGACCUUUGUUGAUACAUCCCAUGUCUACGGUGAUGGGGAGAGCGAGCGUAUCUGUGGGCAACUCUUCAAGAACAUGAACCGAGACGAGUUCAUUAUCCAGACCAAAUGGAUGUCGUGGCCCGACAUGUCGAACCUGUUGCUGCAGUCGCAAGGUCCGGCCCACAAGCUCAGAACAUCGUUGAAGAAUCUGGGCCUCCACUAUGUGGACGUCUACCUGGUUCACGGGCCAAUUCACCCCAGUAUGAUCUCAACUGUUGCCAAGGGGAUGGCGGACUGUGUGAAUUUGGGAUUGACUCGAGCCGUCGGGGUCGCCAAUUACGACAAGGGAGAGGUGAUCAAGAUGGCCGAGGAGCUCGACAAGCAUGGGAUCCCACUAGCGGUCAAUCAGUGCGAAUACUCGGUUAUCAGAAGACAUCCAGAAGUCCAUGGACUCAUCCGCGCAUGCCGUGAUAGGAACAUCGUCUUCCAGGGGUUUGCGUCUCUGGCAGAGGGCCGCCUGACGGACAAGUACUCUCGAUUCAACGAACCUCCGCGAACAUAUCGGUUCAGUAGCUACCCUAUGCACAUGCUUGAGCCCACACUGAACGUGCUAAGAGAGAUUGCGAGAGAGAGGCGAGUUCCCGUGGCCGCCGUGGCAUUGAAUUUCAGUAUCAACAAGGGAGUGAUUCCCGUGGUGGGUAUUCGAAAUCCUGAACAAGCGAACCAAAAUAUGCAGGCUCUAGGAUGGCGAUUGACACAGGAUGAGAUGCGAAGGAUUGAAACCGUCAGUAUCGAAGGAGAUACCACCAUAUUCUGGCAGCAUGUCUGGUCAAUCAUGGAGCGCUCCAAUAAGCCCUCAGCCAUCGGUGUGGCUGCCUCAUUGCCCCAACCCACUGUCACCUUCCGGGAGAACAAGAUCGAGGCCACCUUGCCCACCGGUGAAUCGGUGACUGUCCACCUGUACGGAGCGACGGUCACUUCCUGGAAGCUACCAAAUGGCCAGGAACAGCUUUUUGUGAGCGAAAAGGCUCACCUGGAUGGCUCCAAGCCUAUCCGCGGCGGCAUCCCUGUGGUUUUCCCUGUCUUCGGUCCCCCUCCUCCCAACCACGCCACGUCCUCCCUUCCACAACACGGCUUUGCGCGUAACUCCAACUGGGAGUUCCUGGGCAAGUCGUCAUCUGAAUCGCUCGCAAAGAAGGAUGGUGAUGACUCGGUCAAGCUCGACUUUGGUCUGUCCCAUACAAUGCUGAGUGAGGAGUUCCAGAAGGCUUGGCCGUAUGAAUUUGGUCUGGUGUACAGUGUCACCCUGACCAAGGACGGUCUGGAGACGUCGUUGCAGGUUCAGAACAAGGGGACUCAGAAUUUCGACUUCCAGGUCUUGUUGCACACUUAUCUAAGAAUUGAUGACAUCGCACAAGUUCGAGUCAAGGGACUUGAGUCUAAGACUUACAUCGACAAGACCCAGAACGCUACCACACACACUGAGACGUCACCUGCCUUGGAGAUCAGCCAGGAGACAGAUCGCGUGUACCAAUCGCUAGAUCCCAAGGUCCCUGUCAUCGUCUCAUCUGCCUCAGAUGAUAAGCCACUUUUCUCUGUUAUACGGGAGGGCCUGAACGACGUGGUUGUGUGGAAUCCUUGGAUCGAGAAGGCGAAGGGCAUGGCUGAUUUCAGCCCGGACGAGGCAUAUAAGAACAUGAUCUGCGUCGAGGCUGGCUCUGUGGCCGGCUGGCAGACCUUGGAAGCUGGUGAAUCCUGGGAGGGUGGACAGACAAUCCGGCCGAGAUUGUGA